AUAACAAAUAAUCUAUAUGAUCUCAGAUUUCAUAUACAUCUCGAUUUUCGUGAUAUGCGUAGGAUUGUAUUCCGAUGCAGUAGUAUAUGUUGUUUACCCUGUAAUCUAUUACCUCUGAACUCCGCUGAGUGAAAGAAGUGUAAUACUAAAUUCUGUUUUGUUGUUGGUUUGAAAAAGAACAGUUUAAGGUUAUUGGUUAUCUCUACGUGCAAUAUAUUUUUCAUUUACUUGAUUCUUCUGAAAUUAUUCAAUUAUAUGUACAUCUAAUUUUUGUAAUUUUAAUGUUCAAUGUCGUUACUAUAAAUGGUGUCAUGAUUAAAUGUAGGCGUACCAUGGCCAAAGUUUAUAAUAGUAUAACUUGCGUGGUUCAGUGACUUUGGAGUUAAUGUCAGACUGAAUUCAAAUGGCAGCGAAAAGUGCGAGGUGCCCAAAAGUGGAUGGGGUUGCUUUUGGAGUUUCUACAAAAAAAUCAGGGAAGAAAUCAACUCUUCAGACGUUUUCUAACGAGAAUGCCCCUCCAUUGAGGCGUUCACCAAGGCUGAAUGAAAAGGCAAAGCCAUCACCGGCAGUUGUUGCAGCAAAGAGAAAUGCUAGAAUGCGCCAAGGCAAUAAAAAAAUACCAGAUGUUGUUAUAAAAGACAUUUAUCAUACGGCCAGGGAAGCUAAAGACAUGAUAAGAAAACAAACAGGUAUAGUUUAUGAUCGACGCAUGUCAGAGCACAAGUGCAUCUGGGAUCCAAACUAUCCAGAAUGUCCAGAUAGAUUUACCAGAGUUUUGGAAAGAUGUGAAGCUUUGGGGCUCAUCUCUCGCUGUUUGUUUGUGAAGCCACGUGAGGCAACAGAGGAAGAAAUCCUUACAAAGCACUCUGUAGAGCAAGUAGAGAUCUUAAAAGCCACCAAUGAGUGCAGAGAUGAGGAGUACCUGGAGGAACUCUCCUCCAGAUAUGAUGCAAUUUAUAUUCAUCCUACAACAUAUCAGCUUUCCCUCCUAUGCACAGGAAAAGUUCAAAAUGGCAUGGCUAUUGUAAGGCCCCCAGGUCACCAUGCAAUGAAGAGUGAGUACUGUGGUUACUGUUUUUUCAACAAUGUGGCCCUGGCAGCUACACAUGCAUUAAUGAAUUGUGGUAUCUCACGUGUGCUCAUUGUCGACUGGGAUGUUCAUCACGGACAAGCAACACAACAGAUGUUUUACAGUGAUCCUCGGGUAGUGUACUUUUCCUUGCACCGAUUUGAAUAUGGCAGUUUUUGGCCAAACCUGAAGGAAUCUGACUUUCACUAUAUUGGAGAAGGCCCUGGUUUGGGUUACAACUUCAACAUCCCUCUCAACAAUGUUGGCAUGACUGAUGCAGACUACCUUGCUGUCUUCCAUCAAGUUCUUCUUCCAAUGGCUAAUGAAUUCCAGCCAGAGCUGAUCCUGGUGUCAGCCGGUUAUGAUGCUGCAAUUGGCUGUCCUGAGUUUGGGCCUGAACUUGUAGUAGUAUCUGCUGGGUAUGAUUCAGCCCUUGGGGAUGAGAAGGGUGAGAUGGAGGUGACCCCAGCAUGUUAUGCUCAUCUUUUGAACUUGCUCUUGUGUCUUGCUGGAGGGAAAGUUGCUGUGAUACUUGAGGGGGGUUACUGUCUGCAGUCCCUUGCAGAAGGAGCAGCAUUGACUCUGAGAGCACUUCUGGGCGACCCUUGCCCUAUUCUCCCGAGUCAGGGACAGCCCUGUGAAGGGAUACGGGAUACAAUUCUCAAUGUGAUCUACGCUCACCGAGAUUUCUGGCAGUGUUACCAAUUCCAAGACAAGUACAGUGCUCACACUGUACAUGAUUUAUCAAACAAGAAAUCAUUGGGACGAGAAGAGCACCACAUGCCAUCUGUGAGGUUCCUGGAGUCUGAUGACAAACCAGAAUGGUUUCCCACACGAAACUGCUACCCAGUGCAGAGCCAGCAGUUUGUGCAUGAUGUAACCACACGGCUAAAUUUUCUCAUAGCAAACACAAAGCUAACAUUCGCUUCACACAGAGUCUGCCUUGUGUACGAUGAACGAAUGAUGAAGCACAAAAACAUUGCUGAUCCAGGUCAUCCAGAGAAGCCAGAGCGAAUCUCAGCCAUAUUUUCCAGACAUGAAGAAUAUGGGUUGCUGAAAAGAUGCCACUUGCUGAAGGCACGCUCUGUGUCAGAGGAGGAACUGCUACUUCUGCACACCAAGGAGCACAUCAACCUGAUGCAGGAGACAGCUAGCAUGAAGUUGCGGGACCUUGCUAAAAAACAGGAUGAUUUUCGCUCCAUCUACCUACAUCCAGGCUCCUAUCAGGCGUCCUGUUUAGCCGCAGGUUCCGUUCUUCAGGUGGUGGACAGUGUUCUGAAUGGAGAGAGCCGUUCUGGAGUGGCUAUUGUGCGACCACCAGGCCAUCAUGCGGAGGAAGAUGAACCAUGUGGCUUCUGCAUGUUCAACAAUGUAUCAUUGGCUGCAAAGUAUGCCAUUCAUGUCCAUGGACUGAAACGAAUUCUGCUGCUGGACUGGGAUGUUCACCAUGGUAAUGGAAGUCAGCAUAUAUUUGAGGCAGAUCCCAGAGUUCUAUACCUCUCGAUACAUCGCUACGACAAUGGCAGCUUUUUCCCGGGCUCUUCAGAUGCCAACUAUAAUGUGGUGGGAACUGCAAAAGGGGAGGGAUAUAACAUUAAUAUUCCCUGGAAUAAGAGUGGGAUGAAUGAUGCAGAUUAUCUGACAGCUUUCUACCAGGUGGUUCUCCCCAUUGCUUACCAGUUCAAUCCUGAGCUCGUGCUUGUGUCCUCUGGGUUUGAUGCUUGUAUUGGGGACCCACUUGGAGGCUGCAAAGUUAGCCCUGAAGCAUAUGGUCACUUUACCCACCUGCUGACUGCAUUAGCAGGGGGCCGUGUGAUCAUCUCUUUGGAAGGGGGCUACAACGUCAAUUCCAUUUCUCAUGCCAUGUCCAUGUGCACCAAGGCUCUACUAGGAGACCCUCUACCCCCUCUGGUGCCUGGUCGUGCAGUCUGUCCCAGUGCGGUCACAUCCAUUAAGAACGUAAUUAGAACACAAGCAAGAUACUGGUCAGCACUUUGUUUUCAGGUGGCUCUGCCCCAAGAAAGAGUUCUUCCUACAGAGCCAUUGGACAAUAAGUCGAAAGUAGUAUUGAAUUUGAGUAACCCACAUCCAGAAAAAUAUGAGGGAGUGCUGACUAAACUUGAUCAUAAGGAAGAAAUUGAGACAGACAGAAAAGUUUCCUGUGGAUCUGCAAAACAGCAUGUUGAAGUCACAUCAGUUGACAUGUAUCAUACAUUAAGUGAAUCUUUCAGUAAACUCUGUGUAGAUGACAAACAGAUUGAUCCUCUCUGUUUGGACAUCAACAAAAAUCCUGUGGGACUGUCCAGUGACUCAAGUCCCUUAAGUUCAUCCAUUGAUACAGAGAGUCAGAUGUGGUCCAAGUCAAGUUCUAAUAAUUUUAAAGAAUUAUCACCUGAUGAUAUACCUCUUUAUAAGUCUAAGGAAUCACCAGUUUCCAAUAAAAUAGAGAUCUGUAACUCAUCCCCUGUCAAAUGUGAUAGUUCACCUUCAAAGCUGAGCUUCUCAGAUGAUGGAUACAAAUCAGAAGAGCAACAUGAUACUUCAACAUUCCAUGAAGGGACUGUGAUUUCACUGUCUGUCGUCACAGAAGAACAUGGCAGAAUAAAUGCUGCAGACAGUGGUGAAAAAAGGAGCACUGACCUUACAGGCAAUGAUCAGCAAGGGCCAAGUAGGGGCACAGGGGAAAAUGCAAGUGGGACCAAUCAGAUCUCAGGCCAGCAGACGCUAGCCAACUAUCUUUCUGAAAAUAUGCAGAUGCUGUUAGCCGGAGAGAUGUUUGCUGUGGUACCAAUGCGCAGCUGUCCACAUCUUGUUAGGGUUCAGCCUGUUCCAGAGUGUGGAAUAGACUAUAAUAGUCCAUGUGCAGAAUGUAGGUCUGUGCAGGAAAACUGGGUAUGCUUGGUGUGUUAUACGGUUCACUGUGGCCGCUACAUCAGUGAGCACAUGAUGCUACAUGGCCAAGAAACAUCACAUCCUUUGACCCUCAGCUUUUCUGAUCUUUCAGUCUGGUGCUAUGGGUGUGAGGCAUAUAUUGACAACCAGAUUCUUUAUGCAGCUAAGAAUGCCGUUCAUAGAAGCAAAUUUGGAGAAGAUAUGCCUUGGUCAUAUGGUGAUACAAAUCCUGCAUUUCCAGUGUGAUUGAAGGCAGAAGAGUUUGGUGACUUUGUGACACUACCAGUAAUAUUAAUACUUUCACAAUUUUCCCAUGAAGAGAAAAACACUGUUAACUUUCCUGUGUAGAAUCAGUUAGCUUUUAGUACAGAAAACAUUACAUAAAUGCAAAAUUACUUGAGCACCAAAUGUCUCAUGGGACCUACAGUUUAUUUUUUAAGUUAAAAUAUUGUAAAAUACUUAUCAUCUAAAAUUUAAAAAUGCAGACAUAAGUUGUGGUAUGUCAUUUAAGCAGAAUAAUUGUUUUUUCUAUAUCUGUUUAUAUUAAGUCACAAAAAGAUGUUUUAUUAAUUUUUAGUUAUAUUCAGAAUACUUUAAUCUGUAUUAAUACAGUAUGUAACUCAUCUUGUAUAAAAAAAAUUGUCUUAGCUUGUAGCACAUUCCUGUGAUUCAGAUGGGGUUUGACAUACAGAAACAUUUAUAAAUGUGGUCAGUCUUCAGACUGGACCGUAUCAAAUAAAGCAAUUUAUUCUUAA